CGACGGAUGAUUUCUAUUUCCUACAUCCUUCUUUUGGGGCAAACAUUCUGGCCGCUCGCGCCUUUUAAUCUUUUACAUAGCCAGUCUCUCAUUGACUGCAAAUUGCUUCUACGGAAUCUGCUCUUAUUUUGUAGCGCACCAUUAACUGCACCCUCCACUCCGUCGCUCCUCCUGCUACACCACCACCACCACCGCCACCAUGACCCUCAAGGGCAGCGACAUUGCGCAGCACAACUCGGCCAAGUCGUGCUGGGUCAUUAUUCACGGCAAAGCAUACGACGUCACGGACUUCCUUCCGGAACACCCCGGCGGUUCGAAAAUUAUCCUUAAAUAUGCUGGUAAAGAUGCUACCGAAGAGUUUGACCCCAUCCACCCGCCCGACACUCUGGACAAAUACCUCGAUGCCUCCAAGCACCUCGGCUCCGUCGACAUGAACACUGUGGAAAGGGAAACAGCCAAGAAUGCUGACCCAGAUGAGAUUGCUCGCCAGGAGCGUGAGGCUCUUAAGCCACAUCUCUCCCAGUGCUACAACUUGCUCGACUUCGAGGCUGUUGCUCGCCGCGUCAUGAAGAAGACCGCCUGGGGAUAUUAUUCCAGUGCUGCCGACGAUGAAAUCACAUUGCGCGAAAACCAUACCGCCUUCCACCGUAUUUGGUUCCGACCCCAAGUCCUCGUUGACGUCGAACACAUUGACUACUCCACCACGAUGCUCGGCUCCAAAACGAGCGUUCCCUUCUACGUCACCGCUACCGCACUUGGCAAGCUGGGUAAUCCUGAGGGUGAGGUUGUCCUUACCCGUGCGGCUCACAACCACGGUGCUAUCCAGAUGAUUCCCACACUAGCCUCAUGCUCCUUUGACGAGAUUGUUGACGCGAAGAAGGGCGACCAGGUCCAAUGGCUCCAGCUGUACGUGAACAAGGACCGUGCAAUCACGAAACGCAUUGUCCAGCAUGCCGAAGCCCGCGGCUGCAAGGGUCUCUUUAUCACUGUCGAUGCUCCCCAGCUCGGUCGUCGCGAAAAGGACAUGCGCUCCAAGUUUGACGAACAGGGCAGCGAUGUCCAGAGUGGACAGCAAACCGACAACAGCCAGGGUGCUGCGCGCGCCAUUUCCUCCUUCAUUGACCCGUCUCUCAACUGGGGCGAUAUCCCAUGGUUCAAGAGCAUUACCAAGAUGCCUAUCAUUCUCAAGGGUGUUCAACGUACCGAGGAUGUCUUCCGCGCCAUCGAUGCCGGUGUUCAGGGUGUCGUUCUGUCCAACCACGGUGGCCGUCAGCUCGAUACUGCGCCUUCAGGCGUAGAGGUUCUCGCUGAGGUGAUGCCCAUGCUGCGCGAGCGUGGCUUGGAGAAGAAGAUUGAGAUCUUCAUCGACGGUGGUGUGCGCAGAGCCAGCGACAUUGUCAAGGCGCUGUGCCUGGGUGCCAAGGGUGUAGGCAUUGGCCGUCCAUUCCUGUACGCCAUGAGCGGCUACGGCGAGGACGGUGUCAACAGGGCAAUGCAGCUGCUCAAGGACGAGCUCGAGAUGAACAUGCGCCUGAUUGGCGCCCCGACCAUUGAGCACUUGACACCCUCCAUGGUAGACACACGCAGUCUGGCAAACCACAGCUAUAUACCCUCCGACUCGCUUUCUCAAAGUGUCUACGAUGUUCUCAAGACACCUGCUCAGCGUCCCAAGUCGAAGCUGUAAAGAUAUUGCAGCUGAUAGUUUUUGGCAUAUACGAGGCGCUGGGUUUACACGUCAAUAUCACGGAGGAAGUAUGUAGAUCUUGUAGAAUGUAGUUCAUUUUCCCAUAUAUCAAAAUG